GCAUAGAAGUUUGGCUUCAGAUGGCCCAUCAUCACUACUGCAGGGAACAUGAUUAACCAGCAGGUGGAACCAAGAAUCAAUCAGCAGCAGCAGAAGAAGAGAUAAGUGGUACAGAACAUUCAGGUACCGGACACACGGGCUGAUAUUCAAACACAAACAGCAGGCCACAACAUAUGACUGUACACAUCUGGCCCACUGGAUGCUGCUCCCUGUCACAACCGAACCUUUCGGUGGGAUUACUGACAGCAGGUCGACACAGAACUCUGGCAUAUAACAGGCUAGCUGCUUUGGGUUUCUACUCAGAACCAUCAGUCAGGAGGUUGACAGGAAAACAGCAACGGAGAGUUGUUUCACAGAACCAGGAAAGCGGAUUAAGCCUGUGUCGGUUUCACAAAAGAGGUAACACAUAAGUUACCAUGGCGAUUUCUUUUGUGCAGCUAACCUGCCCCAGACCAGGCUAACAGUCACGCUUAGUUAAGCUGACUUUGCUCAAACAGUUAAACAAGAAAUUGUCCCUUCAAAACAAAAACCUCAGAACUCAAAAAGGAAGUUAACCAUCGGUAAAGCUAAUUAAGUUAAGUCGAUAUUGGUCUUAUACCUUCUAAGUUAUUUGCACAAUGUACUCAACAUUUCAUCCACAUACUACCCAGAUACUGCAAAAGUAUUCUUAUAUUUAAUCUUGACCUGUUGUGUUUGUUCUGUAUAAAUAUUUCUAAAAUGUGGGACAGAAAAAAGUAACAUGAAUGAAUCUGCUGUCAGAUUAACAUGUUACAAUAUUGACUUCCACUGUUCAUUUAUUUGGUUACAGUUGUUUAUUUGAGCAUAUGACAGGUAUGAUUCUAUUGUUUUUUUUUAUUCAAGAAUAGUUUGGAAAUGUAUAUUUUAUGCUAUUUAUGCAUUCAAUCGAUCCGCUAUUGUUUCCUGUAUUGUAGCAGGAGUUUUUUUCCCCCUUAGCAUGAUGUGCUUCAAUUCCUCAUAAUCCUCAAUCAAAAGAUGAUCUCUUGGUCUUUUGAAAAAUCUGUAGACACAUAUUCAUCUGAAUUACUUAAGCCUGGGCCGACACAGCUGCACCUCCUGAGCCUGGUUUGGUCUUUGUGAAACAGGCGGUCUACAAUAUCGACUCAGUUCCUCCAGUAGGAAUGGGCCAGAACUCCAGCAAACUAUUGUGAGAAACUUGUGCAAGAAAUCCCAAAAGGUUUGACCCAUGUCCUACAUUUUAAAAGACAGUUAUGCCAGAUACUGACCAAAUGUAUGUACAUUUUUGAAAUGUAGAAAAUGUUCUUAAUAAGUUUUCUAACAUUUAGCAAAUACAAUUAAUUUUGAUUAUUCUGACCGAUCUAAGACGAGAUAAAUUUGGUCUGAUUUAACUUCAGACAAUGAGAAAAUAAAUCUGUGUGUCUUUUUAGUUGCUGUAUUUAAACUUCUGGUUUCAACUGUAUGUUGACAGGCAGGUAUCAUAGAACCUCACCAAGUAAGGACUUGACAUUUUUUAAAUAAAUUAUUAAAUUAACUGGAAACUAGCACAAGACCAACAAGAUAAAGAACAUUCUAUCUAUUGUAUCAGUUAAUUAUUAAUUAAUUAUUGUUAUUGAACAUAAGGAGCAUGCUUUGUGUAAAGCUCCACGCAUCUCUGAGGUUCACCAGAGAAACUGUUCAGUCUAGGAGGCAUUUUCUUGAAAGACUGAGAAAGAAAAGAAAAUUGACAGAUUUUGAGAACUAGUUCAACAUUUUUUAUAUCAACUCAAGCAAUGACUUUUGAGAACUUAUGAGGACUAUUACUUUAGAGGGAAUGACCAUUUAGUGUAGCAUAGUUCAUUUUUGUAGGUCAGUACUGUAACUAUGAACAGAACUUGUUUUUAAAAUCCAAAUUAGUCAUGUCUUAAGGCAUGAAAUAGAUUAUUUUCUGACCAGACAAAACUUUGCUUUCCUGUAAAAUAAGACCAGAACGGAGCUGUGUGAGCUUGCUUCACAGGACUGGGCUCUUUGUGUGUUUCGUCUCACUGUUUGCACUUAAGAUGAACAGUUUUUCUUGUACCAUCACUACUAUGUGUACCUAAUUUUACCUUGCUGUCCUUCUGCAGGCAGUAGAACCAGAGCAGCCUGUCCAUAGCUCUCAGGUACAGAGCAUGAUCCAGUCCAGCAUGUCGGCAUUAAGGCCCCUGAGGACCCUUCUCUUUGGAGAACAUUACAGCCUUACCCGGUUCUGCUCAGGCUUUGUGUCCAGAAUGAGGUACAUAAACAGGCUGAAGGAGAAUGAUGCAGUAUGUCUUUCAGCGCUGCAAAAUGGGCACAUUUUCCUGUUUCAUCGUCUCAUCCCGCUGCUGCAAUGCAGUGAUCCGGAAGCCUUUAGACCUAUUGCUCUCACCUACUCAGAAGUCCAGUCAGUCCUGCAUAAAUGUGGUUCUGAUGGAUCCUUGCUAAAAGAAUCCAUUCUGAUUGGCUGUUCUGAGCAGAACCAUGCCCAGUUCUGUCUGGAUGUGGGAGAACUGGAUCCAGCAGCAAUCACAAAGAAUUGUAAGGGAAUGUUUAUGGAUCUCAGGAAAGCUUUCUUUCUCCUAGAAGGAGCUGAGGCACCUCUAGUUGCCAAAGCUCAGGCUUUGCUGCAAUGGCACCAGAUUAACAGGUUCUGUGGCGCUACAGGCCAGCUGACCCAACGGAACCAGGCUGGAAGCCAGAGGGCCUGCAGCAGCAGCUCUAUUGUCUACUACCCAAAGAUGUCUCCAGUGGUGAUUGUCCUGGUGUCUGAUGGGAAACGUUGUUUGUUGGGCCGUCAGUCGUCCUUCCCUCGUGGGUUGUAUAGUGCUCUUGCGGGCUUCUGUGACAUGGGGGAGACUCUGGAAGAGGCUCUGCGCAGGGAGGUAGCAGAAGAGGUGGGUCUGGAAGUACAGAACAUCAUCUACAGUUCAUCGCAGCACUGGCCAUUCCCUCACAGCUCCUUCAUGCUGGCCUGCCAUGCCACUGUUAGCCCCUCCCACUCUCAGCUGAAUGUGGACCACUUGGAGCUGGAGGAUGCUCGCUGGUUUACUGAGGAAGAAAUCACCUGUGCUCUGCAGGUAAAAGCUCCACCAUGGAGAGAUCAUCGACCCGCUGUCUGGCUGCCUCCCAAACAUGCUGUUGCUCACCGCCUUAUCAUGGAGUGGAGGGAGCAGCAACACAGCAAGGACACAGAAUGAUGUCUCAAUGUGUUGAGGAACAAUAAAAGAACUCAUGAAAUAAAGUCCUACUGUAUUAUCCCUAACUACGUCAUCUAGACUCAUUCUGAGAGUAAAUCAUCCUGGUUUACCCAUGAAAUGGUCCAGAGCUGUUCAAAAACUAGCUGGCAUGUUGGUAAAGUUCUAAUAAAAUGAUUAUAUUGCUUA